AUGACUGAUCUGACCAAUAUUCUUAACAUUGUUAACGGUCUCGCUUCAGAAACUAACAAAUUGGUCGAUGAAGAAUUGGCUUGUUUAUUUAAGUAUCUCACCAAGGAUAUAACUAAUUUGGCUAAUAUAGAGAAAUGUCUUGUGGCAUGCCCAAACAAUAAUACCAAGCUUUUAUACCUAAGGGAGUUAUCAAAGGAGUCUAGUUCUGGUAUAUUCCUUGACUUUUCAGCGCCAU